AGACAUAUGGUACUAAUUUGUCAAAAUAGGUUACAGUCCGACUACGUAAAAGAGUCCGUGUCAAAUUUUAGAAACUAAUCGGCUCUCUCUGUCUCUCUUGUAGGUUUCAGCGCACCAAAGCGCUUGUUAUCGUGUUCCAGACAUUAUUUUGUAAUUUAUCCGCAUAACUUACUGCAAGGCUACGUCGCUUACGUGCGUGUCGUUUUCCGUGAGGAGAAAUACGUCGAAAUCAGUGCAUUAUUGUUUCCUGAAACGUGAAAAUGUGUAGUCGCGCAGUGCGCGGGUCGAACCAGUCUAGGUGAAAGACCCGGGCAAGUCGGGAGUCUAGCUCGUGACGAUCCGCGACGGGGAAACGUGGUGUCGAACUAGCACGGCGGCCGUCGGGCGUCUGUUAUCAAACAGGGCUCGGGCUCGGGCGGCAUGGCCGAGGCGGCGCCCGGUGCCGUCGGCGAGGAGCCGGCUGGCAUCGUGAAGGAGGGCUGGCUGCAGAAGCGCGGCGAGCACAUCCGGAACUGGCGCGACCGCUACUUCGUGCUGUUUGACAAUGGGGACCUGGUGGGCUUCAAGGCGCAGCCGGAGCGGCGGCACUACCGCGACCCGCUGAACAAGUUCACGGUGCGCGACUGCCAGAUCAUGGCCACGGACAAGCCGCGGCCGUACACCUUCACGAUCCGUGGUCUCCAGUGGACCACGGUCAUCGAGCGCAACUUCUCUGUGGACACCGAGAAGGAACGCGAGGAAUGGGUAGCGGCGAUCCGCUUCGUGUCAUCCCAGCUGAGCGCUGGGGGCCCCAGUGCGGGCUCGAGCACCGCACAAGACGCCGAGGACCGCGACAUCGCACAGCUCGGCACCAGCUUCAAGGACCCGCGCCGUAUCACAUUGGAAAAGUUCGAGUUCUUGAAAGUGCUCGGCAAGGGGACGUUCGGCAAAGUUGUCCUGUCGCGCGAGAAGGGCACCGGCAAGCUGUACGCCAUGAAGAUCCUGAAGAAGCAUCUCAUCAUCCAGAAGGACGAGGUCACGCACACGCUCACAGAGAACCACGUUCUUAAGAAGACUAAGCAUCCUUUCCUCACGGCGCUCCGCUUCUCGUUCCAAACGGCCGACCGCGUGUUUUUUUGCAUGGAGUACGCCAACGGGGGCGAGCUUUUCUUCCACCUCUCCCGCGAACGGUCCUUCACCGAAGACAGGGCGCGAUUCUACGGCGCUGAGAUCGUCAGCGCGCUCGGAUACCUGCACUCUGAGGGCAUUAUAUACCGCGAUCUGAAGUUGGAGAAUCUACUGCUGGACAAGGAUGGACAUGUCAAGAUUGCUGACUUUGGACUCUGCAAGGUGAACAUCACGUACGGGCGCACGACGAAGACGUUCUGCGGCACGCCCGAGUACCUGGCGCCCGAGGUGCUGGAGGACGCGGACUACGGGCCCGCCGUGGACUGGUGGGGCACCGGGGUGGUGCUCUACGAGAUGGUCUGCGGCCGGCUGCCCUUCUACAACCGCGACCACGAGGUGCUAUUCGCCCUCAUUGUAUCCGAAGAGGUCCGGUUCCCGCGGGCUCUCUCCGCGGCCGCGCGAAGCCUUCUCGCAGGCCUGCUCACUAAGGAGCCAGCAUCGAGACUGGGCGGUGGUCCUGAUGACAGCCAUGAGAUCAUGGCCCAUCCCUUCUUCGCCUCUGUUAACUGGGCGGAUUUGCUCGCUAAGAAGAUCCCGCCGCCGUUUAAACCUCAGGUGGAGUCGGACACGGACACGCGCUACUUCGACUCGGAGUUCACGGGCGAGAGCGUGGAGCUGACGCCGCCCGAGGCGGACGGCGCGCUGACGCGCAUCCAGGAGGAACGCUUCCCCGAGUUCUCGUACCAGGACAUCUGCUCCUCGGCGCACUCGGCGCUGUCGUCGCUGCAGCCGCUGCAGCCCCGCCAGCGGACCCCGCCGCAGCCGCCCGGCUGGGCCUAG